AUGAGUGGCGCCGGCAAGCGCAUGGCGUCGGGCCCUCCCGGCCCCUCGCCCCCUCUGACAAAACGAGGGCCUGCGAACGAAGCUUUUGACGACCUAAUUGAUGAGGAUGAUAUGUUCAACGACGAUGACAUGCCGGAAGAGUACAUGCCGGACGCCGAGGAGGGCAGCUUGGCGGGAGCGGAGCCAGACUUGUGCGAGGCUGGCCGCAACUGGCUGCGGCCGCCUGUGAAUAACCUGCAGCCGGGCUGUGAUGCACUGGUGUUCCAGCAGCUGGAGGUGGACUACACGGUGGGCCGCCCACGCACGGACGUUUGGCCCACGCAGGCAAAGCAGGUGCCGGUGGUGCGCAUGUACGGCGUCAACGACGCGGGCAACAGCGUGUGCGUCUUUGUCCACGGGUUUGAGCCCUACUUCUUCUGCGAAUGUCCAUCGCACUGGGUGCCUGAGCACUAUGAGGAGCUGCUGCAGGCCCUCAGGACGCACCCGCGCCUGAUGGAGGGGCGCGGCAAGGGCGGCCUGGGCGUGCCGCCGGUCACAAGGGUGGAGGCGGUGCAGCGGGCCGACCUGUGGACCUACCAGGGUGGGCGGCAGAAGACGUACCUGAGGAUCACGGUGGCCAUGCCCAACCUCGUGCCCGCGGCCAAGGGUGCUCUGGAGGACGGCAGCCUGAGGAUCGGGGGCGACCCCCAAGGGCUGCGCCUGCAGACGUUUGAGGCCAACGUGAUCUACGCGCUGCGCUUCAUGGUGGACACGGGGAUGGGCGGCGGCAGCUGGGUGGAGCUGCCGGCAGGCAGCUGGAGGCGUGUGCCUCAGGACCAGGCGGCCACCUACUGCCAGAUCGAGGCGCACGUGAAGUGGGACCGCAUCAUAGUGCACCCGGCAGAGGGCGAGUGGAGCCGCAUCGCCCCGCUGCGCAUCCUGUCUGUGGACAUUGAGUGCGCCGGCCGCAAGGGCCACUUCCCGGAGGCCUCCCUGGACCCCGUCAUCCAGAUUGCGUCCCUGGUGACUGCCCUGGGGCAGGACAAGCCCCUGGUGCGCAACAUCCUCACACUCGGCACCUGCGCGGCGAUACCAGGCGCGGAGGUGAUGUCGUUUGACAACGAGCGCGACCUGCUGCGCCGCUGGACGGCGCUGGUCCUGGAGACAGACCCUGACGUCAUCAUCG